GGAAACUUAAAACACCCGUUCAUGCAUUUUAUAAACACAGUGCUUGACCACUGAAAAGAAGCAUGAUAGAAUUCUCUGAGGAAAACAUGGGAGAAACCAUUACACGAAAUACAACAGCCAAGCUAAUGAAAAAAGCUUUUUUGGAGGCUCUGCAAUCAAAUGACUACAGGACUCUGGAAGAGCUUUUGGCUCAAAGACAAAUAGAUGUGGACACAGUGUUUGAAGUAGAAGAUGAGAAUUUGCUCCUGGCCUCUUACAAACAAGGAUAUUGGCUGCCUAGUUAUAAACUGCAGCAUUCCUGGGCAACAGGACUACAUUUAUCUGUUCUGUAUGGACAUCUGGAGAGCCUGACAGUCCUGCUGAAACAUAAAGCAACCAUCAACUGCAGACCCAAUGGGAAAGCAGCAAUCCACAUAGCAUGUGAAGUUGCCAAUCUGGAUUGUAUCAAUAUACUCUGUAGCCAUGGAGCAAAAAUCAACUGCUAUUCAUUGAGUGGGCUUGCACCCCUGCAUUAUUGUACCACAAAGUUAUCUAUGCCUUGUGCACAACAGUUAAUUUGGAAAGGUGCAGAUAUAAAUAUAAGAUCAAAUAAUCAAGAUGAAGAAACACCCCUUCAUACAGUUGCUCGUAGUGGCAUCCCUGAAAUGGUUGCCUUCUAUGUGGAACAAGGAGCUGUAGUUGAUGGUGUAAAUGCCCACCGAGAAACACCAUUGGCCUCUGCUGUUUACUGGGCCCUUAAUGGCAAGGAACAAACCUACAGCACAGAUCACCAUCUUAUCUGCCGGAUGCUCCUUGACUACAAGGCUGAUGUUAAUUCACGGGAUGAAGAUUUCAGGACCCCCCUCCAUAAGGCAGCCUGGAAUUGUGAUCAUGUACUACUAAACAUGUUGCUUGAGGCAGGGGCUGAGGCCAACCUGAUGGAUGAUAAUGGGUGUGCCCCUCUGCAAUAUGUCCUGAAAGUGACAGAUGUACGACCUAGUGCUCAGCCUGAAAUCUGUUAUCAGCUACUUCUGAAUCACGGAGCUGCCAGGAUAUAUCCACCACAAUUCCAUAAGGUGUUGCAAGCUUGCUGUUCCUAUCCCAGAGCAGUUGAGGUUAUUGUGAAUACAUAUGAACAUAUCAGGUGCACAACGAAAUGGAGAACAGCUAUACCUGAUGAUCUCUUUCAGACAUACAGAAGUUUCUACGAAUCCCUUUUUGAAGCAUGUGCAAAUACACCACGAUCACUAAAACAUUUAGCCAGAUGUGCUAUUCGAAGAAUAUUGCUCCAUAAAUGUCACAAAGGAAUCCCUUUACUUUUAAUUCCAUCAAUACUAAAAAGGUAUUUACUUUUAGAGCCAGAAGGAAUAAUAUAUUAAGGUGUGUAAGAGACAUUUUCAGAUAAUUUAAUUUAAAAGUGUUUGGAUUCUAUUCCCAUGGGAGAAGUUAAAAUCAAGAUUUCUGUGACAGCACCAGUAAGAAGCAGAGCUAACAUUUUCUGCAAAGAAUAUGAAUUAAUACAUACUUUUUCCCCCUGAAAAUAAGACCUUGUCUUAUAUUUUUUUGAACCCUGAAAUAAGCACUUGGCGUUAUUUUCAGGGAGGUCUUAUUAUUUUGGGGCACGUGGAGCAAGAUGCCUCUUGCCUUCUUACCUGAUUUCCAGCUCUCAUUUAAAUAGUUUCGGGGAAGGCUUAUUUUAGCACAUGCGCUCAAAAGCCUAAUUAAGCUUAUUAUCAGGGGAUGUCUUAUUUUUGGGAAAACAGGGUACAUACAUACAUCAUUACUGAACUUUGAGCACAUAUAAUAAAAUAUUUCAAUUCUAGCAGUUUACAGAAGCACAACAAAUGAAAGGAAAGAAUUAAGAAAAUACUUCUAAGGAAAGAGAAAAAAAAAUGUCCAGCAUGUGGAAAAUGUUCUAUAUUAGGGAGAUAGGGUGGUAUAUAAAUAUGAUCAAAUAAAUAAAUAAAUAAAUAAAUAUUAGUUUUCUCCACCUGAUAGCUUCUGAUAUUCCAUAUUACUUUGGCUAUAUUGCCCUAGAGUUAUAGGACUUGUAGUCCAAAAUGGUGAGGAAACAAUCAUGCAAGACUAUUGUUUCGAAUAAAGGUGAAUAUACAUGUCCCAGGAUAAUGUUGCAGGAUCCAAUCUGGGUUGGUCACCAGGACUAGAAGUUUUGUCUUCCGAGCUUUCGGACUCAUGCUGGAGCCCAUCUUCAGGGAACAUUUCUCUAGCUCCAGCAAGAUUCCGAAAGCUCGGAAGACAAAACCUCUAGUCCUGGUGACCAACCCAGAUUGGAUCCUCCAAGACUAUUGUGAAUGUUAAUCCUUUCAUUUUGAGAUGUGUUCUUUUCCCUUCAUAAAAUAAGAAGUGCUGAAAAAGCAAAAAUAUUAAAUAUAAAAUUCCCCCCCCUUUUUAUUAUAUUGUUGUGUGAUUUAAUAUAUUUAAUAUAUUUUGAUACAAUGAUAUUUAUACAAUACUAAUUUAAAAUUACUGACAUUUUAUUGUUUGAAUAAUUUAAGAUAUUGGAAAUAAAAGUAAAAAUUCUAUCAAUAUUAGUUAUAAUUUGGGAUAUCAAUAUUACAAGCAUAAAAUAUUUGACUUUUUCAUUCAAAAUGAAGUAUAAUACUAAGAAAGACUACUGCAGAAUGCAUUAAAUGAUAUGUUAUACAAUAAAGAUUUCAUUCUUGAGCUGAUUACUUACUCAAUAGAAAUCAGGACAUUAUUAAUGAGAUAGAUAGCAAAUAAAUGUAACAAAUGAAUUUAGCAAGUAAAUAAAUAAGAGGGAUCCCUAACUAUAUUUGACAUUGGGCAUAUUUGGAAUUUGGGUAUAGAUCAAAAUGGCUGCUGUGCAGGGGUGGGAUCUAAAUUUUUUUACUACCAGUUCUGUGGGGGUGGCUUAUUUUGUGGGCGUGGCUUAAUGGUCAUGCAACAGUGGGUGUGGCUUGAUGGUCAUAUGACUGGGUAGGCAUGGCCAACUCAAUGUCACUCACGUCAAGAGGUACCUCGCCUGGCCCCUCCCCUCCCAGCCAUUCCUUGUCACACCCAGCCUCAAUGUAUCUAUAGUUCUGCAAAAAUGUUGUUCAGCUUUUUUCAACUUUAUUAUCUACAUAAUCAGGGGUUUCCAAACUUGGCCACUUUAAGACUUGUGGACUUCAACUCCCAG